GUGUUGUUGCGACCCUGCUGCCCCUCCCCUGGUCCCGGCGCCCUCCGAGGGCCCGGCUGGGCUGCUGCGGGGGCCCGGGAGGUUGAAGGCUAAGCAUGGGGAAGAGCUGCAAAGUGGUUGUGUGCGGCCAGGCAUCAGUGGGCAAAACUUCAAUCCUGGAGCAGCUCCUAUACGGGAACCACGUAGUGGGUUCUGAGAUGAUCGAGACACAGGAGGACAUCUACGUGGGCUCCAUUGAGACAGACCGGGGGGUGCGGGAGCAGGUGCGUUUCUAUGACACUCGGGGGCUCCGAGACGGGGCCGAGCUGCCCCGACACUGCUUCUCCUGCACUGAUGGCUACGUCCUGGUCUAUAGCACGGACAGCCGAGAGUCCUUUCAGCGUGUGGAGCUACUCAAGAAGGAGAUUGACAAAUCCAAAGACAAGAAGGAGGUCACCAUUGUGGUCCUCGGCAACAAGUGUGACCUACAGGAGCAGCGGCGUGUAGACCCAGACGUGGCUCAGCAUUGGGCCAAGUCGGAGAAGGUGAAGCUGUGGGAGGUGUCAGUGGCUGACCGCCGCUCCCUCCUGGAGCCCUUCGUCUACCUUGCCAGCAAGAUGACCCAGCCCCAGAGCAAGUCUGCCUUCCCCCUCAGCCGCAAGAACAAGGGCAGCGGCUCCUUGGAUGGCUGAAGAGCUGCCCUUCCUUCCUCACCCUCCUAGCCCCACACUAGCAUCUGGGGCUCUAGAAGAUGGGUUGAGAGCAAAGAGGGGGCAGGGGGGCUGGGUUAAGCAAGCUCUCCUUCCCUGUGAGCACAGGGAGCCCCCACUAGGCCAGGCCCAGGCCCCUUUUACUCCCUCUCAACUCUGGGAAGUGCAAAUAAUCAUGGUUAGCGCCCCCUUCUCCCCUCAACCCGCCCACCCUAUUCCUCUCCCCCUCCCCAGCUUUCAUGAUAUCUGCUCCACUGUCAGCCGGGGUAGUCGCAGGUCAGAGUCCCUUCCAUCUGCUCUGGACA